AGCUAACGACAGGGUAUUAGUACUUAGGGGACCAAGAGGCAAAUACGAUUAGAGAAUCUUUCUCCUUUCAUCCUGCACAAACCCCUUUCUCUCUCUUCGCGUAUCGCUCUCACCAUCGUCGCCGGGCAUGGCUAUGCCUGAGCACCACCAAUUCAACAACUUCCUUCAACAACAGCAUCAACAGCAACAGCAAUCGAAGUCUUUCAGAGAUAUAUUCAACAACAUGGAAGGUCAGAUUUCACCGCAGAUUAACUAUAUAAACGCCGAUCAAGCUCAUCACCCUCCUUAUAUCCCUCAGUUUCAUGUGGUAGGGUUUGCACCAGGUACGGAUGUUAGCGAUGGCGGAUUCGACUUGCAGCGGAAUUAUGAUAUGGAAUCGAGAAAGAAGAGGCCUAAUGAGCAAGAGUUCUUCGAAAAUAACAAUACAAAUUCUCAGAUAUCAUCUAUUGAUUUCUUGCAACCUCGAUCCGUUUCAACAGGAUUAGGUCUGUCUCUCGACAAUGGUAGGUUAGCUUCAUCUGGCGAAUCCUCUUUUGUUGCUGGGCUUAUGGGAGAUGAAAUCGAAAUGGAAUUGCGUAGACAAGAUGCUGAGAUUGAUAGGUUUAUGAAAAUCCAGGCCGAUAGACUCAGGCAAGCAGUUCUUGAGAAGGUACACGCCAACCACCUUCAAAUAAUCUCACAUGUGGAAGACAAAUUCAUCAAAAAACUCCAUGAAAAAGAAUCCGAAAUCGAAACCAUCAACAGAAAAAACAUGGAACUAGAAUCACAAGUCGAACACCUCGCCAUGGAAGCUGCCACCUGGCAACAACGAGCUAAAUACAGUGAGAACAUGGUCAACACCCUGAAAGUCAACCUUCAACAAGUUUACACACAUGGGAGGGAUAGUAAAGAAGGGUGUGGUGAUAGUGAGGUUGAUGACACAGCUUCUUGUUGCAAUGGUAGAGCUAUUGAUUUUCACCUUCUUUGCAAGGGUAAUAAUGGAAUGAGGGAAAUGAUGACGUGUAAGUGUUCCAAGUAUAUAGGUAUGGAGGUUUAUAUGUAA